CUUCAUGAAAACAUCCCACAUCAGUCAUAAACAGUGAGUGAGUGCAUCCACCUUCCAUCAGCUAUAUCAAACAUCCAUUUGGUCAUGGCAGCAACAAUGCUCCCGAGGCUCGUUGCCGUGGCAGCGCUGGUCGCGCUGAUGUGCGCCGUCGCUGUGGCCCAGGUACCCGCCGCCGGUGGUGCGCCGGCGUGCGACAUUGUUGAUCAGAACGUCGUGAAUGCGUGCUACAAGAGCUUCGGAGUAGGUAUGCAAAAUGCCAUGGCCGACAGGAUUAUUUCGGGUAACGUCAGUAAGGCUCCAGUUGACUGCUGUGUUGUCUUUGGAGGCCACUCGUGCCUCUGCAAGAUGAAGAAGGCGUGGAAGGCUCAAGGCAAAAAGGCCCAGGAUAAUGUGCAAUGCGUCAGGGAGAAGGCCUGCUAGUGAGCGCGUGCUGCAGGUUUUUUCGUGCAUGCGAGACCUCUAGUUCGUUGGAUAUGUUGGUUUCAAUCAGUCGUUGUCCACCUACUCCUUGUUUUCUUUUAUUUGCUUCUGUGUGUGUCAUGUGAGUCUGUUCAAUUUUUCUAGGUAUGAAAGUGUUGAUCAGUCAGUCGAGUCUUUUUAGUUUGUACCAAUCAGAAAUAAAUUUGGGUGGAUUUUUUUGUUUCA